UCCGGUGUCUCUCUGUGUCCGGUCCACGUGGGUGUAAUUGGUUGUCCGGUACCGUGGAGAUGGAGGCGUUGGACCGGGUGGUAAAGCCUAAAACGAAGAGAGCCAAAAGAUUUCUUGAAAAAAGGGAACCAAAGCUGACAGAAAAUACCAAAAAUGCAAUGCUCAUAAAAGGUGGAAAUGCAAGUUUAGCAGUAGCAGAAGUACUCAAAAAUAUUUAUGCCCUGAAAAAGCCCUUCGCUGUCCUAUAUAAAAAAAAGAAUAUUACAAGACCCUUUGAAGACCAGUCCUCCCUGGAAUUCUUUUCCAAGAAGUCUGAUUGUUCUUUGUUCCUGUUUGGAUCCCAUAGUAAGAAGAGGCCUAAUAAUCUGAUCAUCGGUCGUAUGUAUGACUAUCACAUUCUGGAUAUGGUUGAACUGGGCAUUGAGAAGUUUGUAGCCCUCAGCGAUAUCAAGAACAGCAAGUGUCCAGAGGGAACAAAGCCCAUGCUGAUAUUUGCAGGUGAUGCUUUUGACAUUGACGAGGAACAUAGAAGGUUGAAAAGCCUUCUUGUUGAUUUUUUCAGAGGCCCUGUUGUGCCCAGUAUCCGUCUGGCAGGCUUAGAACACGUUCUGCACUUCACAGCAGUGGAUGAAAAGAUCUAUAUGAGAAGUUACAAGGUAUUGUUGAAAAAGUCUGGUUGCAAAAUACCAAGGAUUGAACUUGAAGAUAUGGGACCCUCAUUAGAUUUGGUCAUAAGGAGAACACAUUUGGCAUCAGAUGAUCUUUAUAAGCUAUCGCUAAAGCAGCCUAAAGCUCUCAAGCCAAAGAAGAAGAAGAAUGUCUCCCAUGAUGUCUUUGGGACAAAAUACGGGCGGAUUCAUAUGCAGAAACAGGACUUGGAUAAACUGCAGACUAGAAAAAUGAAAGGUUUAAAGAAAAGACUAGCUGAAAAGAAAACUGAAGAUGGAGGGGAUCUGAAGAAACUAAAGUUGGAAUGAGAUGUUUAGGCUGGAAUGAGCAUUUGAAUUUCACUGUUAUCACUGAAAUGCCAUAUAGACUUAAAUCGUAUUUCUAGUAAAUUUUACUAUUUUAUCAUUUCUGAAGAUGUUUUCAAACAGUGGAUGAUCUUAAUAAUUUUUUCUAGUAAAAUUUAUUUGAUCCCUUGAAAUAGAUAUGUCUGUAAUGGCUUCUGACAAUUCUAGGUGCUUGCUCUUGCCAUUAUCUUCUCCCAUUCUUUAUCAUAUAUUAUUCAAAAUAUAGAACACAUACAGGUAGUCUUCAUUUAACGACGGUAACUGAGCCCAGAAUUUCCAUCACCAAGCCACGCGGUUGUAAAGGGACAUGGCAUCAACUAGCAAUGGCAAUAGUAGCAGUUCCCCUUGCCAUAAUUAAGUGAAUUUUACCUGCUGUUAACCUGAGCAGCCACCCCAAUCCACGCCAUUCCGGGCUUGGUUCCUCCCAGCCCUGAACACUGCAUUCAACUCCCCCUGCCUAUCUCCCCCAAUCUCUGCCCUUUUGGAAGCCCUGCACCCUGCCUUGAGGGGCAGAAAGCCCACCUGCGCAGCACGAAGUGUCCUGUUCCACCUGCACGGGCGCAAGGCUGCCAAUAGUAAGCUCCACUCUCCCCAGCCUAUAUUCCUUCACCCAACUGCCUCCUAUCCCAGUUCCCCGCACCUACCUUUGCCUUUUUUGCCUGGCCGAAGUGGCUGCCUGCCUUUGUGAAUCCCUUUUGGCCCCAGCUUCUCCGCCAAUAGUUCCUUCUAUGUGGCUCCCUUCAGAACGCUAUCUUCUCAGCUUAUACUAUCCUCAGAAUUUUGAUCACAUGGCUGCGGGGGUGCUGCAACAGUCGUAAUUUCAGGCACAGGUUGUGAGGCUAUUUUUUCAGUACCAUCGUAAUUUCGAUCGGUUGCUGAAUGAAUGGUCGUUAAGUGAAGACUACCUGUAGAUUGUUUACUUCUUCAGGGGUUUGGUGCAAAUUUGCUUGAAGUUACCAUGUAGAGCUAAAGGCUUGUCUAGAAAUGAAGAACGAUUUCCAGACUGUUUUGGUCUUACAUCCUUUCAAUUUGUUGAUUGCUUUGAGUUAAGUCUGUAUUGUUGUCUGUCAUUGCUGCUGUUUACCAGUCUGAGUUGCUCUCCAGAUGUCUGGAUUUCAACUGCCAGAAUUCUCAAUAAUAGCCAUGCUGGCUGGGAAUUCUGAGAGUUAAUCAAAAGUUCGGGGAAGAUUGGUUUAUAUAAUGCAUUUGUUCGGUAAAUAAUAAAAUCCAGAGUCCCAUAUUUA